ACCCGCGCGUAUCUAGCAACAAUUCGAGAGAGAGAACUUCGCGCUAUGGACCUGAAAACGACGCCGUUGCGGUUCACACUGGGCAAGCAGUCGUCGCUGGCGCCGGACAAUGACUUCAACGCCGGCGACGCAAAGGAGGAAGAGGACGAGGUGGAGGUGAUCGAUCCCCGCGUCCGUCUCAUGUACUUGGCCAACGAAGCCGACCUCGACGGGAUCAAGGAGCUUCUCGACUCCGGCAUCGACGUCAACUUCCGCGACAUCGAUAACCGCACCGCGCUCCACGUCGCCGCCUGCCAGGGCUACUCCGACGUCGUUUCGCUCCUCCUCGAGCGCGGAGCUGACGUGGACACUCAAGAUCGCUGGGGGAGCACCCCGAUUGCGGAUGCUAAAUACUAUAAGAACCAUGAGGUGAUCAAGCUUCUGGAGAAGCGUGGAGCAAAGCCUCUGAUGGCUCCAAUGCAUGUUAAGUACGCUAGAGAAGUUCCGGAGUACGAAAUCGAUCCAAAGGAGCUUGAUUUUACUAACAGUGUCGAAAUAACCAAGGGAACUUUCCAUUUGGCAUCGUGGCGUGGUAUAGAGGUUGCUGUGAAGAGGCUUGGGGAGGAACUAAUUGUUGAUGAGGAAAAAGUGAAGGCAUUUACGGAUGAGCUUGCAUUGCUGCAAAAGAUACGGCAUCCAAAUGUAGUGCAAUUUCUGGGUGCAGUAACUCAAAGUAGUCCAAUGAUGAUUGUAACAGAAUACUUGCCUAAGGGAGACCUUCGUGCAUUUUUAAAAAGAAGAGGAGCAUUGAAACCAUCGACAGCUGUAAGAUUUGCGCUUGAUAUCGCAAGGGGUAUGAGUUACUUGCAUGAGAAUAAACCAGCACCGAUCAUUCAUCGUGAUCUUGAGCCUUCAAAUAUAUUGAGAGAUGAUUCCGGGACCAUAAAAGUUGCCGACUUUGGAAUGAGCAAGUUGCUGACUGUUAAAGAAGAUAAGCCUUUGAUUUGUCAAGAUGCUUCAUGUCGAUACAUAGCUCCUGAGGUUUAUAAGAAUGAAGAAUAUGAUACAAAAGUGGAUGUAUUCUCUUUCGCUUUAAUCUUACAAGAGAUGAUAGAAGGGUGUCCGCCAUUUUCCACCAAGAAAGAUAAAGAAGUUCCGAACGUAUAUGUUGCUAGAGAGCGCCCACCUUUCAGAGCUCCAGUAAGGCGUUACGCACAUGGCCUUAGAGAGUUAAUUGAGGAGUGCUGGAAUGAGAAGCCAGCUAAAAGACCAUCGUUUAGGCAAAUAAUCUUGAGGCUUGAAACUAUUUAUAACACCAUUGGCCAUAAAAGGCGUUGGAAGGUUAGACCAAUGAAAUGCUUUGCAAAUCUAGAAGCCAUGUUGAGGAAAGAUAAUAGUCUAAGCAACAGAAGCCGUUCAUCACGUUCCUCUACUGGUAGCAUAUAACGACGGGGGAUCUUACAUGAAUGUCUGAACAGCUAGUGGACGUUACUAUUUCCAGCUUAACAGUGGACAACUUUAUUUACAUAACAGUAGAAUGCAGUUGUGCAACUCCACUGAUAGUCAUUAAGUUUGAAAACUCUCUAGAUUCUUUUAACUCUCCCUAUGAUAACCUGGGCUGAGAACCUCAUUGUGUAUAUCACAUUAUGCAUGUAAAUGCAUCAUAUGUGUAAAUCCAAGAAUAUUUACUUAGCAUCGCCUUGAAUUGGGACUGGCGAUGUUAUGCUGAAGCAAAAAUAUUCUGGUGUUGGCCUUCGUGAGAUAUGUUUGUAACUCUGUAAGUAAAGCUUUGGAUAUAUGGCAUUGUUUGACAUGACU